AAAUGGUUGCACAGUCUCCCAUCACAGUCAUCGUCGAUAGCAUUCGCGGCCAGAACAUCGCAUUCACCGCGAGCAAAGAUGCACCUCUGUCUUCCAUCUACGAGACGCUCCACGAACGCGCGCCAUGGAUCGAAAACUCAAGCUACAUCCUUACAACAAAUUCCCGAAGGGUCAUAUCCCACAGCUCCGAUCCCGUCUCGACGCUCCUAGCAUCUAAUGCAGACACUUUCCUCCCGCUCCGACUCACAGUGCCGCUAUGCGGUGGCAAGGGAGGUUUCGGUUCCAUCCUAAGAGCACAAGGUGGCCGGAUGUCCAGUCGCAAGAAGAAGAACCAAGCCGAUGCCAACGCCUCAUCCCGAAACCUCGAUGGACGCAGAUUGCGCACAGUCGCUGAAGCUAAGGCGCUUGCUGAGUACCUCGCAAUCAAGCCCGAGAUGGAGAGGAAGGAGAGGGAGGAACGCAAGAAAAAGUGGGAAGACAUCGUGGCAAGCACGGAACGCAAGCAGGAGGAGCUCAUGUCCGGAAGAAAUAAAGUCAGACUAGACGGGCAAUGGGUCGAGGACAAGGAGGAAGCGGAGGCCAAGACUAGGGAGGCCAUCGAGAAGAUGAUGAUGGCCCAGAAGGAAAGCUCGGAAGACGACGACGAUAUUGAAGCCCCGGCUGCCUCAUCAUCGAAGGCCGCUGCGCCAAGGGCCAUGUUCGGGUGGGAUGACGAGGAUGAUGAGUUUAUGAGCGAUAGCGAGGAAGAGGAUGUGUCCGAGGAGGAAACCAAAGUGCAGUUCGAGGGCAAGGGCAAAGGGAAGGCUGCAUAAAAUUGUUACAUGUGGGGAAAGGCAUGCUCUUAGCAGGGAACCGCAUUGUGAAGGUUGGCGUUUUGGAAACUUCUGUUUUAUUUUUGAUACCCCUAGUUUCCCGUCUUCAAUCCAAUUUCAACGGGAUCUCAUUCAUCAAUGACUAUAUCUCAUGUUAACUCCAUGCCCACUCCCUCUUUCCUUUUUUCACUAACUCAUUUUGUUAUCAAUCUCA